AUGACGACCCUCUUUAGAUCCAAAUCCUGUGGCGGAACCCCUCGCCCCAAAGCUUCCUUUUUCCACUUUUCCACCUCCACUCAACAAGAAGAAGAUGAUGACGAUGAUGAUCAUGACGACAUUGACGUUUCCUAUCUCUGUCAAGACUACUCUGAACAUGGCAGUCCAAUUACAACUCCCUUUAUUAGUCCCCGCCAACAGUCUCCACAAUCCAAUCACAAUUUCACCAUCCUCUCCCUCUUGUUGACCGCCCUACGCAAGUCUCUCCUCACCUGCGCUGUCCAACACUCCCAGGAUGCUUCCUCCUCCUUAGAUAUCGGCUGUCCCACCGACGUCCACCAUGUUUCCCACGUCACCUUCGAUCGCUUCAAUGGCUUCCUUGGUUUGCCUCAUGCCCUUCAACCCCACGUCCCCCGUCAUGUUCCCAGCGCAAGCGUGUGCGUGUUUGGAGUAUCUGUGGAGUCUAUGCAAUGUUCCUAUGAUGAGAGAGGGAAUAGCGUGCCAACGAUACUUCUGAUGAUGCAAAACCGUUUAUAUUCAGGAGGUGGCCUACAAGCAGAAGGAAUAUUUCGAAUAAAUGGGGAAAAUGGUGAAGAAGAAAUUGUUAGGAAGCAGCUCAAUAGAGGGUUUGUGCCGCAUGGAGUUGAUGUUCAUUGUUUGGCUGGUUUGAUUAAGGCAUGGUUUAGAGAACUUCCUACGGGCGUUCUUGAUUCUUUGACCCCAGAGCAGGUUAUGCAUUGCAACACAGAAGAGGAGUGUACUCAGCUUGCCAAGUCCCUACCUCCAACCGAGGCUGCACUUCUUGAUUGGGCCAUUAAUUUAAUGGCAGAUGUUGUCAAGUAUGACCAAGAAAACAAGAUGAAUGCCCGAAACAUUGCUAUGGUCUUUGCCCCCAACAUGACACAGAUGGCGGAUCCUUUGACGGCAUUGAUUCAUGCAGUUCAAAUCAUGAAUUUGCUGAAAACACUAGUCAUGAAAACCCUUGGUGACAGAGAGGAAUCAUGUGCAGAUAACAGUGGAUCUGAUCAUCUUUACCCUCUAAGGAGCUCCACUUUGAACAGAUUAGGAAGCGAAAGCGAGGAACAAUUUUGGAGCUUUCCAAGAAAAAGUGGGUCUGUUGUGGAAUAUGAUUACAACAACUCACCUGUUACAUGUAGAAGCAAAUCUCCGGAGAUCGACAACCAAUCAAAGCAGGGACAACAGCACAGAGAGGUAGUUAUAGAAGGGAUAUUGGAAAGGGUAAAAUUGAGAAAAGGAGUAAGGAGAUUAUGCAGAUACCCAGUGUUUCAGUUGAGUAAGCCUACUGCUAAGAAGAGUGGAACCAUAGGGGAGGAUAUGGACAUCCAUUGCCUCUAAAUUUCCUUGGUUUGGAUAAUAAUGGCAGCAGUUGUUGUAAAGAUCCUCUGGUUUAGCCGUAAGGCUCAGCCUAUUUGCGGUGGGUCGAGAAGAUACUAUCGCGUGGACCAUCCAUGUUUAAUACUAUCAAGUAUAGGAAAGAUAUA